AUGCCGUCGAUAGAACUGCGGAUACCUCUCACGCCGGAAGAGCAGCAGUUUUACGAACAGGAGUUCAAGAAAUAUGACCCGGAAGAUCUAGGCAUAGUGACCGGCGAAUCGGUUAAAAGUUUGUUUGGGCAAUCAGGACUCAGCCCACAAGCACUGUCGCAGAUCUGGUCGAUCUGUGACACUUCAAACCAAGGGUUUCUCAAUUUGAUGCAGUUCAGCGCUGCUAUGCGAUCAAUCGGUCAUUUGCAAAUCAAUCCCUCGCAACCCGUUUCGGAAGACCUCUACCAAGCACCAGCCGGUAGAUUACCUAGUUUUGGUGCGCAACCACAAUUUUCAUCACCGCCAAGUGCUCGUCCCGCACUGAGUUCGAAUUUUUCGAGUAAUUCGGCCAAUGCAACCACGGGAAGUUCUUCGAUCCCACCUGUAUCAGCGCACGACGUUUCUAAGUUUUCUCAAUUGUUUGACAGAUUUGCGAAUGGUGCGCCCGUUUUGGCUGGUGACAAAGCGAAAGAAGUAUUUCUCAAGGCCAAAUUGUCCACGCCUACUCUGGGUUCCAUCUGGGCCCUGUGCGACAGAAACAAUAGCGGGUCGUUAGAUAAGACCGAGUUUGUGAUGGCAAUGCAUCUCAUUCAAACCGCUAUCGGAGCGGGUGGCAACCUUGCGAUUCCAAACUCAUUGCCUGCUUACAUGUGGAAUUCGGUGGAUUUGGCCAACGCUGCACCAACAGCACAAACUUUGAGCGUUAAUUCCACUGGAAUUUCUGCCGGGUCCUCAGUGACUAGAAAUCCUUCUAUAGCGCGUGUUUCCUCGGGUACUUUCUCUAACGCGGCCUCCGAUUGGACCCUCACUUAUGACAAGAGAAAACAAUUUGACGCCAUUUUCGACUCUCUUGACAAGCAGAGUAGAGGGACAUUGGGCUCGCAAGUCUUGGUGCCCUUUUUUCUGUCUUCCCGUCUUAAUCAGGAUACUUUAGCUGCCGUUUGGGACUUGGCCGAUAUCCACAACAGCGCCGAAUUCUCGAAACUCGAAUUUGCAAUCGCCAUGUUUCUGAUCCAGAAGAAAAACAGCGGUAUAGAGCUACCAGAUGUGGUUCCCGACCAGCUCCUCCAUUCUCCAGCGCUUGGGCUUUACGAAAGCAACCAGCCCACUGGCCAAAGCAUUCAAGCACCAGUUCCUCAUGCUCAACCUUCGAUACCAUCAAGGGACACGAAACCUUCAUUUUCUGAUACGCAUGUUGAUCAAAAACCGUUACAAAGCCAGAGCACACUAGGGGAUCUCAUGGCUUUGAACGCGUCUUUCUCUUCGCCUCAACCUACUUCUCAAGGUUUGAAUCCAUCUUCGCUAGGUAUUCAAGCUGGCGAUCAACACCAACAACCGCAGUUGUCAUCGUCAACUACUGGACUACGACACUUUAAACCAUCUUCUGCUUUUGGCCAAAGUGUUAUCAAAGAAGAAGAGCCUCAACAAUUUCAAACAAGUGGUCAGGCGCCACCACAGCAACAACAGGUUCCUUUCCCCCAAGAGCAUGCGUCGCGUAGCGUGCCUCAUUUUUCUAAUUCCGGUAUCCACUCACCUGCUCCCACUCCUGCGAAGCCGGAAACAACCCCAUCUCACUUCAGCUCCCAUUCUACCCUACCUAACGUCCCUAACUUUGCAUCUGUUUCCUUACCGCAACCCAACGUUAAAAGAGAUUUGUACUCUGAGGGAGACGCUUCUCUUCAACUUUCACAGGCAACUACCGACCUUGCUAAUCUCUCUAAUCAGGUUGGGUCAUUAACCAACCAAGCCACUAUGGUCAACGAAAAAAAGUCAAGAGCGCAGCAAGAGUUGCAACGGGUCAAUGAUUUGAAGUCGUCGAUUCAGUCAAAGAUGGUCGCACUUCGGGCUUCAUAUGAAAAGGAAGUUCAGCAGACGGAUGAAGUGGAGAACACGCUGAAUAGAUCUCGCAAUGAAGUUGAACAGCUUAAAAGCCAACUUGCUUUGGUGGAAGCCAAUUACAAUACCGUGAGCCGCAACUUGACGACUCUUCAGCAAGAACUCGAAGAGUCGGAAACAGCCAACGCGCAACUGAAAGAGAAAAUAGGAAGCGUGAAUGCUCUAGCGGCUAGCUUGCAAACGGAGUUAGGUGAGAAACAGCAAAAGGUCAAACAAGAGAGAUCGAUGGUGGAUGUCAAUAGCAAGCAGUUGGACGUUAGCCAGCUGACAGUUGCAAACAUGCAAUCUGAGAUACAGGGCCUGGGAGAGCAACUAGCUGUAUUUAUGACCAAGCACAAGGAACUAGAUGAUUAUAAGCGCAACUUGGAGGAACAGCAUGGUUCUCUUAACGCUCGGCACCAAGAGGUUGAGGGGAAACACCAGGAAGUUACUAGACGGGAAGAAGAACUCCAACAACGCACGAAACAGAUUGGAGAACAGGAAACCAUUUACCAUCAGCAGGUAGCUAGGCUACAACAGAUGUUUGAUGAUCUUAACAAACAGAGAGACUCGCUAUCACAAGCUGAAGAACAGUUGCAACAACAACACAUGGAGUAUGCCAAGAAGGUUCAGGAGCUCUCUGAGAAUCAAAUGAAAUUAGCAAUGGGCGAAAUUCCUCAAGCAAGCCAGCAUUCCUCGAAAGUCGACGAUCACAUUACGAAAUACGUUGACGAGGCCGUGACUAACUCAAAGUUGGGCUCUCAGGAUGAGGAAGACAAGCAGGGCUCUGACGUUUUCGACAAGGAUUUCCCAACGUAUGGCUCUCAGACUGAAAUUGAUGAGAAUGAGACGCGUCAUGAUGAAGAGAGUGCAGCUGAAGCGCUUGCUGACAGAUUUGAUGGAGACCUAAACGAAUACGGGAUUCCUCGCACGGACUCGGUGACUUCGUCGGUAUUCAACAACCCACCGCAGUCGGUCCGUGACGAUAGUGAAGCCGUACCCCAACAGGCGCUUGCCAACGAAAAAACAGAGAAACGUAUUCCAGGCGGGUGGUCCAAUACUCAAACUGAGGCGGUCGCUCCUACUUCUGCAGCUACAAGUAGCGACAUUGGUAAUCACGAAGAGACUGUAACAGAAAAGGAAACACCUGAAGCGGUCGAAAAUCCUGUCGAAACCGAAGUAACUUCGAGGAAUAUUGAUCAAGAAUUUCCUCCCAUUCAAGAAUUAGAUUUGAACGAGAGUGAUUCUACAGAGUCAGAUGAUGAGUUCCAGGACUCGAAAGAUGAGCUGGGUCAAUCCCAUGCUGCGAAAGCACCGAAAGAGGCUGGUGUGGCUGCCUGGGGCCCCCGUCCUGAGGCACAGGGCCAUUCUGUCAGCCAUACUACUCUGGAAGCUGUUCAAGUCAUACCAGAUGAGGGUCAAAUGGCAACAGCGGCGAAACCAAGCUCAGCUUUCGACGAUGAAUUUGCGGGCUUGGAGACAGCUGCUCCUGAGGAAGAAGAAGAUUUGGCGGAUAAAUUGGAAAACCCAGAUUCUGCAGAGGGUUUUGAAAAGAUUGAGCAUAAAGAUUUGGACGACGAAUUACAACAAACGGGUUUCACUGGGAGUGAGGUGGCCAUGGAAGCCGGUCCACACGCGACGAACCCUGGAGCAUUUUCGCCUCAGAAUGAAAACGCAAGGAUCAGCAACGAUGAAUGGGACGAAAUAUUUGCGGGUUUUGGAAAUGGACCCCCUGCAGGUUCCGUACCAAGUGCGACGGACCAUGGCGAGUCAGCGAUGGAAUUACAACAGCCGGUAGCCAGCAAGCCAGAAUCGAAACUAACACAACCGCCCGUUAAACGUGCCAUUGCCACAACUCCAAAAUCUCUGGCCAUAGAAGAAUUGAGUGGUAUGGGGUUUACGGAAGAAGAGGCGACGAAGGCUCUCAAGCAGUGCAACUGGGACCUGGAAGAGGCUACAAAUGUAUUGCUGGAUAGUUAA